AUGCUGAAAGAGCACGAGUACGACUACAACUUCUCGGACACCCUGCGCGUGAAGCUCGCCUCUCUGCUGGAGGGCCCCGCCGAGGGGCAGACCAGCGACGAGUGGGAGCUCCUGCUCAAGACCGAGACCGCCGUCGUCAGAUUCUACUCGCCCUACCCCGAGGUCCGCGCCGUGUCCACGCCGACCGACGACCCCGACAUACCCUGCGAGACCAUCCGCGCCCACUUCCUUGGACUGGUCUGGGCCGUCAUCACCCAGUUCACCAACUCUCUGUUCAACUCGCGCUUUCCCGCCAUCGUCCUGACGUCCUCCGUCGCUCAGCUCUUCCUCUAUCCCUGCGGCAGGCUCCUCGAAUUCAUCCUGCCGGACUGGGGCUUCACCUGGGGCGGGAAGCGCAUCUCCCUGAACCCGGGCCCCUGGACGUUCAAAGAACAGAUGCUCGCCACUAUCAUGGUGAACGUCAGCUACAGCUCGGCCUAUGUCUUCUGGAACAUCCAGGUCGAGACCAUCUACUACAAGGACACCUGGCUCACGCCUGGCUACAGCAUCUUGCUCAUGCUGUCCACCCAGCUCAUGGGUAUCGGCUUUGCCGGCCUGCUCCGCCGCUUCGUCAUCUACCCCAUCGAGGCCAUCUGGCCCAGCGUCCUACCUACCGUGGCCCUGAACAGGGCCCUGCUGGUUCCCGAGAGCAGGGAGACGGUGCACGGCUGGACCAUCUCGCGGUACCGCUUUUUCUUCAUCGUCUUUGGCGCCAUGUUCGUCUACUUCUGGCUCCCCGGCUUCAUCUUCCCGGCCCUGAGCAUCUUCGCCUGGAUGACCUGGAUCGCGCCCGACAACUUCAACCUGAACAUGAUUACCGGCUCCCAGAUGGGCCUGGGAUUCAAUCCCAUCCCGUCCUUCGAUUGGAACGUGCUCGCCACGUACUCGUCCCCCCUCACCUACCCCUUCUUCGCCGUCGUCCAGCAGUACGUGGGCUCCCUCCUGGGCGGCCUCAUCAUCAUCGCCUUGUACUGGUCCAACGUCAACUGGUCCGCCUAUCUCCCCAUCAACUCGUCCGGCAUCUUCGACAACACAGGCCAGUCGUACAACAUCUCCAGGGUCAUCUACCCCGGCACGGGCGUGCUCAACGAGACCGCCUUCCAGGAGUAUUCGCCUGCAUUCUACAGCGCCGGAAACCUGGUCCUGUAUGGCGCCUUCUUCGCCUUCUACCCGCUCACCAUGGUCUUCAUCAUCCUGGACACCUGGCGGCCCAUCAGCAAGGCCUCCAUCUACGACGGCUUCGACGACCCCUACACCGCCCUGCUCCGCCGCUAUCCCGAGGUGCCCGACUGGUGGUUCCUGAGCAUCGCCCUGGUGUCCUUCAUCUUCGCCAUCGUCAUCCUCACCCACUGGCCGCAGCUGGACACGCCCGUCUGGACCAUCUUCUUCGUCAUCGGCCUGAACCUGGCCUUCCUGCUGCCCAUGUCGUACAUGUACGCGCUCGCCGGCACCAACGAGGGCCUCAACAUCAUCAGCGAGCUGGUGGUCGGCUACGCGCUGCCCGGCCACCCCGAGGCGCUCAUGUUCGUCAAGGCCUUCGGCUACAACAUCGGCGGCCAGGCCGACACGUACCUCUCGGACCAGAAGAUGGGCGUCUACGCCAAGCUGCCGCCGCGCGCCAUGUACCGCGGCCAGGUCCUGAGCGCCUUCGUCACCGCCUUCGUCGCCUACGGCGUCGUCCAGUUCGUCGACAACAGCAUCCCCGGCAUCUGCACGCCCGACCAACCGUCCAACUUCACCUGUGCCAACGGCUCGCAGGUCUACUUUUCCGCGUCUGUAAUCUGGGGUGCCAUCGGCCCGGCGAGAAUCUUCAGCCAAAUGUACCCGACGCUCAAGUACUGCUUCCUGUUCGGCUUCCUCCUCUCGCUCGCGGUGUUCGCGCCGCUCAACGCGGUCGUGUUCACGCCGCUGUCGUGGCUCAAGCACGUGCACCCGUCGCUGGUGCUCAACGGGUUCCUCUACUGGGCGCCGCUCAACCUGAGCUACCUCACGGGCGGGCUGUACCUGGCCUUCGCCUUCAUGUUCUACCUGCGGCGCUACAAGACGGCCUGGUGGGAGAAGUACAACUACGUGCUGGCGGCCGCGCUGACCGCCGGCGUCGCCUUCUCCGGCAUCAUCAUCUUCUUCGCCGUCCAGUACCACCCCGUCACCCUCGACUGGUGGGGCGUCAACGUGCUCGGCCAGACCGUCGACGGCGGCGCCGGCCAGACCGCCCUGCUCACCGAGCUGCCCGAGCAGGGCUUCUUCGGGCCCUCCGAGUGGUCUUAA